AUGACCCGAUUCAAUGAGUGUGUCUCGUUCAUCAAAGUGAGUUAUAACAGAAAUUGAACCAUACCCCAUUGCUUUAAGGGUUCUUUCGAUGACAAAGGAGUUAUGCAGAGUGCUUUGGAAUACGUUGACACUGUAUUCCAUUUGGCCGCCGUUGGAAUGACUGGACAAUAUGCGGUACCUUGAGUUUGACGUACUACGAUAAGUGAAAUAUUGCAGCAUAACCGCAAGGCAUGCAUGGAUAUCAAUGCAAUUGGAACUAUGAAUCUUCUCGACUGGAGCAAACAGUUUGGAGUCAAGCGCUUCAUUUAUACUUCAUCUAUUGGAGUUAUCUUCCAAGGAGAACCACUUGAGAACGCUGAUGAAAAACGUGCCUUAUCCUCUCUUUGUUGGUUUUUUGCUUGGAACGUUUCAAUCCUAUCAUUUUACCUGUUCAGUUCUAUAAUUACUAUUGUGAAUCGAAAGCGCACGCCGAACGCAUCGUUAGACAAGCUUCGUCGGAAAGAAUGAAGUGCUCCGUUUUGCGUUUCAAUGGAAUAUACGGACCCGGGGAGAAGAGAGUUACCGAAAGAGUUAAGGUAUGAAGCAUGUGCUUAAUGUGGCUUUGAUCGAAAAAACAUUUACAGAACUUUAUGAUAUCGGGUUGGUGGAUUGCUUGCUGUAAGCCCGAUGGCGUAGAAGCGCAGACACAGCUUUCGUCCGUAGACAACUGUGUUCACGGACUUUUUGCGAGCCGAGAUAACAUUGCGCAACUGUGACGCACCACAUGCGCAGGUACUCUAUUCAAAAAAAGGUUGUUCUCAACAUUUGACGUAUGUUUUCAGAUUUACAAUAUCAUGGACCCAGAGCCUGUUGGAACGUUUUUCGUUCUGGUCUCCACUGAAUGA